GAUAUUAAUAAUGAACUAUCUUUUGUUAUUUCUGUACAUAUACUAGAGCUCGAUGCUUUCGAUAUUUACAUAGAUUAUGCCAAUUUUAUUAGCGGAGAAUGGAUUUAAUUAUGAGUAGUAAGGUCUCUUUUCCUUAGUAGCAUAUCCAUUUUUCUUCAAGAUUAUAUUUGCCCCUAUUAUAGAUUUAUUUCACUUUAAAUCUUUAGGAAGAAGAAGAAGGUAUUUAUAUAUAUUUUAAAAUUAAUAUAGUUACAUUUUACCAUGUACAUUAUUGAUGUCAUUGAAUUUGUUUUGGUAGUCUAGUUUGGAUAUCUAACAAAACUAUAUGUUAUUUUGUUUGAUUGGAUUAUUUAAUGCUACCUUUUUGGGAAUGUAAGAUAUAGCUAUUGAUGGAUUUGCUGCUGAUUUAUGUAAAAAAACUAAUGAAAGUGCUGCACAUAUCUUAAAUGUGGGUUAUACAAUAGGUAGUUCCUUUUUAGCUAAUUUUAUAUUUCAUUCUUUACAUAAAUAUCAAUUAUGUACAUUAGCUACAUAUUUGAAAUUUAUUUCAGCAUUUGGAUUAUUAUUAGCCACUUACCUUUUAUUCAAAGUGAAGGAAGAAAAAAAUUAAUAAUAAAUAAAAAAAUUCACUGGAUUUAGAUAAGUAAUUAAAGGAAUACUUAAUAAUGAUAAUUUGAUAACUCUUUCAUUACUUUUGUUUUUUGAUAGAUAUGGAGUUGCUCCAAUAGAAUCUACAUUUAGAAUAAAAUUAACAGAAUUAAAAUUUAAUAAGGCAUAUGUAUCAUUUAUAGAUACAGCCAUUAUGCCAUUGAAAGUAGCAGUUGGAUUUGUUUAUCAUAAGUAUUUCAAUAAAUAUAAUUUUGAAUACUAUGGUUAUGUAUAAGGAUUGAGAUUAAUAUCAUGUCUCUUUGCAACUCUGACUAUUUUUCUAGUUGAUGUUGUGAAAGUUAAUGACACUUUAAGUUAUGUAGCAUUGUUUAUUGCUAGUACAACAUGGUGGAUAGUAUUUAAUUUAACAUUUAUUGUUAGAGUAAACAUACUUCUUUUUAUAAUAGGGUAAUUUCUAAAUGAAAAUAACUACACCAGGAUAUGAGGCUACCACUUUAGCUUUGAUGAAUAGUUUAGGAUCAUUAGGUGGUAAAACUGGAUUCUCUUUGUGUAUGUUCUUAACAGAGUAUGUUAAUUACUAUUGUUUUGCAUGCUUUGCUUUAAUUGCCUAGUUAUUAUUCACACUUAAAUCUAUUAAGUUAUAUAAAAAACUCUAUCAUGUUCCAAUAGAUAAAUGGCAUAUUAUUCAAUAAAAUUUGAAAUCAGAAUGA